AUGUGGUCUUCCCUAAGUCAGUGUCUUCUUGCAUCCCUUGUUGCUUCGUCCACAGUGUGGGCUAUCUCCGUGGAACGAGACGAUAAUGGCGGCGCUACCUAUGUCAAUCUUGCCGCCCGGAAAGGACCUUCCCAUCACCUCGCCUCUGGUUUUAUCUACGGUAUCCCUGACGCUUUCGGCCAAAUACCAUCGCAUUUUUAUGAGAAUAUAGGAUUUCAGUAUGGUCGAGCUGGUGGUGCUCAGGAAGGAGCACCAAAUCGAGGUUGGAUAUGGGGUCUUUCAGACUACCAAGGUCGGCUCAAUUCAACCUUGACUGAUUACAGGACCUGCCGAGAAUUCGAUGCAGGUUUUAUUCUGCUUCCGCAUGAUGUCUGGGGCACUGACCAAGCAAAUUCAUCUACUGUUUGGCCUGGUGACAAUGGUGAUUGGUCAAAUUAUGAUACAUUCGUUACAACUCUGAUGACCGACCUCGCCGCCAACAAUGCCCUUGAUGGCUUGGUCUGGGAUAUCUGGAAUGAACCGGAUGGAUCAUGGUUUUGGGCGAGAAGCAUGCAGCAAUGGAUCGACCUUUACGUUCGCACUCACAAAAUAAUACGCGCCAAUCGCCAGUUUGAUCGUGUGAAAAUAUCGGGACCAACUCUGGCGGCGGCUCCAUAUAAUACUAGCAUCUGGUGGACUAGUUGGAUGGAGCAAAUUAAGGGAAAUAAUACCAUUCCUGACCAAAUUGCUUAUCAUCUUGAAGCUGGGCCUGGAACAUCGGCAUAUGACCUCACCAAUACCUACCCGUCCGUGCUUGCAAUGCUUCGAUCUUAUGGGAUUCCAGAACGGCCUCAAAUAAUCAACGAAUAUGCAGUUUUCCAAGAGCAAGUCCCAUCCGGAGCGGCAUUUUGGAUCUCAAGGCUGGAACGAUAUGAAACGUACGGACUUCGGGGGAACUGGCAAAGUGGCAAUACCUUACAUGAUCUUAUGGCAAACCUUCUCACCAAAGCCGACCCUUUCGACUACACUGCGACAGAUUACAUGCCUGGACCAGAAUAUCCAGUAUAUGAGUACUAUUAUCGAAACAUGACUGGCGCCCGUUUAAACACUACCGGCAGUGCCAAUCUGCAAUUCGAUAUUUAUGCUACAAUGGAUGAAGUCAUCCGCAUACUUGCCGGAAGUCAGACAGCAACAGGAAAUUGGAGCAUUAAUGUGGAAAACCUGAGCAGCAUUGGGUUGGCCACUGAAGGAUCCGUCUCUAUUAAAUCGUUUGCAUUUAAUGGGGAUGGUCAUUAUGUUGCAACAUACGGCCCAGUUGAUCUUGGAGUCUCCGAACAUGCCUACUCGGAUGAUACUUUGAUCAUUCCAAUAAAUCAGAGCACAAACUAUACGGCCUACGCAUUCGAGUUCAGGAGUGGACAUUCCAAGACACCUGGCUGGUGA